UAAUUUUAACUUGGUGAAAGGCAAAAUCAACCUUUAAAGUGUAAAGUCUUCAAUUCUUUGUGAAGGUGCCUCCAGGUUAUAUUGGUCAAAUCUAGCAUAAAAGGCAUUGAGCUCACUAGGAGCAAAACCUUGUUGUCCCCUAUGUUGUUUGACUUAAGUUGUAGAAGAUGAUAGCAUUCAAGCCCUGCCACAGCCAUCAAGCAUCCUUCUGUGAUUCAUGUUUGGCCCAUAAUUGCCACUUGCAUUUGAGAAGGCUUUCUGGAGGUUGUACCUAGACUUUUCCUGGUCACCGGUCCUGAACGCCACCAAUCUAGCUCUCAGCAGAUCGUGGAUCACUUGGUUCAUCCAGGGCUUCUGGUUGGAGAAGACUCCGAAUGAUUUUGUGGGAACACUCAUCCAUGAAGUCUGAGAACAUGGCUAUCUACUGACUCAAAGCAAUCCCAAAGUCACUCCUUUGCCUCCCAUGACAUUCUCUUUAUUGUCCUUGUCAAUGGUGCCUUGCUCUUUAGCCUCUACCUGUAUGCAGGUAGGAGGAGGACAACAAGAUGAUAAGAUUUCCCCAAGUACAGUAGACAUUCCUCAUGGUAGUGUAACAAGGUUUGAGUGUGUUGGGACCCCUGGUGCUGCAGGUGGAAGACCCCAGCAAUGAUAUGAGAAGUGUCAGGGUAGGCUGUUUCUUGUUUGCUAAUCAUGGCACUCAGUGUAUAAAAUGCUUGCUUAACAUCAGCCUUUGGCAGUCAGAACCACAGAGGAGAACUCACUUCAUAAUUUGAAUAAAUGGCACUCAUUAGAUGUUCCAUGUCAGGAGAACAAGAGUGAAUCAAGACCACUGCAUCCGAGCACCACGAAGAAUCUAUCAUGAAACACAGAUCCCCACCCCCUGCCGCCUUUGAAUCAGCAGUUUGGUCAGUCCAGUGGAUCGAGAAAACCUCUGGCUGGGUUGCCAUACCUGGCGUGUCUAGAGUGAGCCAUGUCUGUUAAACAGAGAAAGCAGCAAUCCCUUUUCCUCCAGUACACAAAUCUUGCACUUAGCUAAUAAGAUCCUGGGGAGAGGAAGUUUCAUACCCUGGCUUGAAGUUUGCUAUACCUGCAUUCUUGAGAGUCAAGUUCAAGUACUUCAAGAGGCUGCACUCCUCCAUCCCUGUACCAGGAAAGCUUCAAAGCCCUCCACUUCUUUCUGGACACUAGACCCAAUCAGAUCCCCUCCACCACCACUCUCCUCUGUCGGGUAGAACUGCUCCUCACUCUCAAUAAUUUCUCCUUGAGCCCCUCCCACUUCCUUCAAGCAAAGGUUGUAGCCGUGGGGGUUUGCAUGAGUCCCAGCUAUGCCUGUUUGUCUGUCGGCUACGUGGAACAGCCUAUGCUCUGACCCUACACCGGCAUCACUCCCCCACUUUUCCUGCACAACAUAGCUGCUGCUUCCUGCACGCAUGCUGAGCUUGUUGGCUUCACCAGUUUUGCCUCCAUCUUCCACCCUGCCCUCAAAUUUACAUGGUCUAUUUUGCUUACUUUUCUUUAUCUGUGGAGGCAGUUUAUCCACUGAUAUCUUUUGUAAACUCACUGAUUUUCACAGCUACCUGGAUUAUGCCUCUUCUCCCCCUGUCACUUGUAAAAAUGUAAUCCCCUUCUCUCAAUUCCUCCGUCUCCACUUAAUUUGCUCUCAAGAUGCGACUUUUCAUUCCAGAGCUAAUGAAAUGUCCUCCUCCUUCAAAGAAAGGGGUUUCCUUCCUCCAUCAUCAACACUGGCCUCACCUGCAUCGUUCAUUUCACACAAGUCUGCCCUCACCCAUUCCUCCUGCCAUCCCACCAGGGAUAGGCUUCCUCCUAUCCUCACCCACCACCCCAUUAACCUCUGCAUCCAGCACAUAAUUCUCUGUAACUUACACCAUCUCCAGUGCGAUCCCAGCACCAAGCAUAUCUUCGCCUCCUCCUCACUUUCCACUUUCCGUAGGAAUCACUCCCUACAGGACUCCCUUGUCCAUUCGUCCCACCCCACUGAUCUUCCUCCUGGUAUUUAUCGUUGCAAGCGGAACGAGUGCCACACUUGGCCCCUACACCACCUCCCUCAUUAUCAUUCAGGGCCCCAAGCAGUCCUUCUGGCUGAGGCGACACUUUACCUGUGAGUCUAUUGGGGUCAUCUACUAUAUCUGCUGCUCCUGUAUAUUGGUGAGAGCUGACAUAGAUUAGGAUACUGCUUCACCGAGCACUUAUGCUCCAUCCACCAGAAAAAGUGGGAUUUCCUGGGGCCAGCCAUUUCAGUUCUCUUUCCCAUUCCCAUUCUGACACGUCAGUCCAUGGCCUCCACUGCUGCUGUGAUGAGGGCACACUCAGGUUGGGGGAGCAACACAUAUUCUGUGUGGGCACCCUUAACCUGUUGGCGUGAACAUUGAUUUCUUGAACUUCUGGUAAUAGACCACUCUUCUUCUCCUCCAAUAUUCUCCAUUCCCAUUUUCCUCUCUCACCUUAUCUCUUUACCUGCCCGUCACCUCCCGCUAGUGCUCCUCCCCUUUCCCUUUCUUCCAUGGCCUUUUGUCCUCUCCGACCAGAUAUUCUCUUGUCCAGCCCUCCAUCUUUUUCACUACUUGACUUCCCAGCUCUGCACCCCGUCCCCUGUCCUGGUUUCAUCUAUCAUCUAGUUCCUUGUAGCUCUUACUCUCAUCCCCCCCCCCCCCCAAUUCUUAUUCUUAUUCAUCUAAUCUGAUUUUUCCAGUCCUGACAAAGGGUCUCAAACCAAAAUGUUGACUGUUCACUCUUUUCCAUAGAUGUUACCUGUUCUGCUAAGUUCCUCCAUCACUUUCUGUGUAUUACUUUGACUUCCAGCAUCUGCAGGAAGCAUCAAACAAUUUUCUCUUGUUUGUAAAAUUGCUAGUUCAUUAAGAUGGUUGAAAAGUGUGUUUCUGAAAGGGAAAUGGCGGGCUGCAGAUUGCAGUGAUAGUAGUUCAGAAUAAGUAUCUCUAGAGGUUUUGUGUGUUGCUGGUAAACCGUCGUGUAUCACCAGUGCCAUCUUGAGAUUCACCUGAGUUUAUGGGUCUGUGGGAUCAAGGCCAUCUCCUGCUUUUAAUCCAAUCUGCCAUAAGAGAGGAAGUUGAGGAUAUUUGGUAAACUUGGAUCUCACUGCUGUCAUUGCAUAUGGAAUUAGUAUUGUCCCUCACCCAAUAUCACUUGAGCAGAAUGUUCGGUCACAUGUUCAUCACCAUUUGUAGAUUCUUGUGUGGAAAUUGUUUGCAAAUAUAUAAUAAGAGUAGAUUUAGGAAACCAGGGUACUCAGUGCUAAAGCACUUUGGCUAUGAACAGUGCAGAAUAAAGGGUUUUACAUUAGUGCAGUCGUUAGUGUAAUCCUUUACAGUGUCAGUGACCCAGGUACAAUUCCACUGCUGUCUGUAAGCAGUUUGUAUGUUCCCCCCGUGACCGUGUGUGUUUCUGUUUCUUCCACGUCUCAGAAAUGUGUGGGUUAAAUGGUCGUGUGUGUAACUGGAUAGAUCAGGUUUGCAAGGUGAGAAAGAUAUGCUACUACAAGAGACCAUAAGACCUCGGAGCAGAAUUAGGUCAUUUUACCACGCUGUAUCUCUAAAUAGCAAAUAAAUCAACUCAAGUCUUCCACAUUUUUUUUAAGCUAGCUGAAGUCCUAUGUAUUGGAAGUUGGUGUCAGUUUUAAUCCAUCUUCUAUAAGCUAUUCAUCCAUAGUAGAACCCUGCUAAUAUUCUGCUACUAACUGGCAAUCUUAUUUAAAAGCUUGCAUGAUAUUUCUUUUAUCGCAUGACACCACGACAUACUGUUGCUCAAUUGUUUGAGCCAGUUAAGACUUGCUGAAGAAUGGACUCUUCUUGGACUUCCAGCCGGGUACAAGUAUCAAUUUUAACUGAUAUUUCAACGAUGGACUCUGCAGUCUUCAUCAGGGAUGACGCCUGGGCAUAUCUAGUGUGGUGAUAGUUAUACGUUCCUCCUGAUUGGUUAGUCCUCUUUGGCUCAGGUUUUCACUGUCCUAAACAAAGGAAGGCACUAGAUCCUUUUUUGCUGAAGAAGGUUUAUCUGAAGCUGUAAGGCCUGACAUGGUUUCAGAUGCCUAUGGAUGGGAAGAGGUAGAGGUGGGUGGAACUGGACACAAAGUGUACUUCAGUCAUGUGAAUUUCAACCAAGUUGGCAUAUCUAGAUGCAAUGAAAAUUCACCUGUACAGUGGAGAGAAUAUAUCUGUAAAAACUCUCUGGUUUGUCAACAGUGUCUGAAGCAAUAUGUGGAGCUUUUGAUAAAGGAGGGCUUAGAAUCUGCAGUUACCUGUCCUGAUGCUGCUUGCCCUAAGAGAGGUCACCUGCAGGAGAAUGAGAUUGAAUGCAUUGUAGCAGCAGAACUUAUGCAGAGAUAUAAAAGACUGCAGUUUGAAAAAGAAGUGCUUUUGGAUCCACACCGAACUUGGUGCCCGUCCUCUACUUGCCAAUCUGUCUGCCAAAUCAAGGAGGUGGAGUUGCAGCAGGCCCAGAUGGUGCAAUGUGCAACCUGUAACUUGCAGUUUUGCUCUCUCUGCAAAGCAAAUUGGCAUUCAGGGCAGGCUUGCCAAGAAAACAUGCCCAUUACCUCAUUCCUUCCUGGAGAAAGAAGUUCAUUCUUUGAAAAUGAUGAAGGGGAUGAUGUCCCAAUCAAACGUUGUCCAAAAUGCAAAGUCUAUAUCGAAAGGGAUGAGGGUUGUGCACAAAUGAUGUGUAAAAAUUGCAAGCAUGCCUUUUGCUGGUACUGCCUGGAAUCCCUUGACGAUGACUUCCUAUUAAUUCACUAUGAUAAAGGACCUUGUCGAAACAAGCUUGGCCACACACGUGCCUCUGUCAUUUGGCACAGAACCCAGGUAGUUGGAAUAUUUGCAGGCUUUGGCCUUUUGCUAUUAGUAGCAUCUCCUUUCCUUCUGCUUGCCACGCCGUUUGUCCUCUGCUGCAAGUGUAAAUGUAACAAAGGGGAUGAUGAUCCUUUACCAACAUAAGCAUGAUGCCCCGAUAAAGAAAACUGGAGGAUGGAAUUCUAUGAACGUUCUUUCCUACAUAACUAUCAUCUCAAAAUGUCUGAUUUUUGUCUCAUAAUACUUCCCAAUGUAAGCAUUUAUUUUCCACCUUGCACAAGUCCAGGGUCUGUGACCGAGCAGUGAUUUUUUUUAAAGUGCAGAAAAGAGGCAGUUAGAUCAUACAAGGGAGAGUUUAGUCCAAGAGAACACACUGGAAAAUGGCAUACUGCACGAACUUCUGGAAUGUGUGAAGCAAGCUUAAAAGUAUACUUUCUUGAAUGGUUCUAAAAGAAGUGGUGCACUUGAUCGUGUACAGCUGUACACUAAAAUGCUAGAUUUAUUGAUUGUAUCAAGAAGGAAAAUGUGCAGUUUUGGAGUAAACAGAACAUGAAUGAGAAGCAAGCUGAUGUUUCAGGAGAUAUAGAGAGAAGGCAUUCAGUUACGAUUGCAAGUCCUAUCAGAAUUAUUUUUUUAACAUGAAAAAGCCCACAUCCUUUUCUAUAAAGAGACUAAGGUCAAAUUUUCUGUAUCAAAUUCUUUCAAAAGGCAUUUUUGACUAUUUUAAUUGGGGAUCUAAUGGUUUCAUCAUUUCUAAGUGCUCUGAUUUUUUUCAUGCCAUAUGUAGACUUGAAAAUAAUAUUGCCAUGUUUAUUCUCUGAAUACAUAAAGGUGCAUUGAUUCUUAUUAGAAAAUUGUAGUAAUGUAUCUAUAAUUUUGACUGCUGAUUAGAGACUGAUUAAUAACUAUGGGACUGUGAAAAUGCAAAACCAUGCCACACCUAUCAGGGUCUUAAUGUGAGAAUGAUGUUUAUUGAAAUUCAUUCCUCAAAAGAUGCUCUGUUUUGCACUAAGCAUAAAUUAUGUGAAUUUUCACUCGUUCCAACAACUCAAACCUUACAAAUUAAGUCUGAAUUGAUAAAAGGAAAAUGAUGUGCCCUAAAAUAUUUAUAAAAUGCUUUUUAGAUUUUAGCAAAUACAUUUUGUGAUAUAUACCAAUACAACAGGAUCAUAAUCUAUUAAUUUUAAAUCAUUAUGACUCCUUAAAAUUAUUGUUGGGUUUGUGUAGUUGAAAGAUGAAUGCCUAGUAAUUGGAAGCAUGAAUUAAUUAUCUUGCGGAUUUUUUCAUUGUACCAGGAUUCUGAAACAAAUUUAGAUAACAAGCGAUUGGAAUCACUAAAAAUAUAACACACUGAGGAGUGAAAUUGAGUCAUGCCAGUGAGCUCUGUAUUUAUGACUGUUUGGCUGUUUUAGUUACAAAGUUCUUGCAGUACAUUUUGAUUUAUCUCCCAUUUUAAUUGUAAGAGAUUUUAUUCUAACUUUAAAAAAUAAUCUUUACAUUACUAAAUUAUUAUGGAUGGCUAUGGUAACCAAGAACAAAAAUUAGAUGGCUUUUUUUUAUCAAGUUUAUUUUCAGAGUUAGACAGUGAACACAAUUUUAGUGGAAAUGCAAAUUAAGCCAAACACAGGAUUACAAACUAGGAAGCAGAAUAAACAGGAGAAAAUCUGCAGAUGCUGGAAAUCUGAGCAACACACACAAAAUGCUGGAGGAACUUGGCAGACCAGGCAGCAUCUAUAGAAAAAAGUACUGUCGACAUUUCGGGUUGAGCCCUUUGGUGGGACUGGAGAAGAG